UCCCAAGUGUUCUGUCCCCAUCUCUCUCUCUCUCUCUCUCUCUCUCUCCUUGUCCGAACGGAAAGAAAAGGCCCAAAAACUAACUGAAAAAAAAAAAAAAAAAAACCAGACCCAACGGAAAGAAAAGGAAAGGAAAAAAACCCCAAAACCCAAGCUUUGAGGCGUAGAUCGCCGGUUCCCGGCAUGGGGAACCGGAAAAUUCUGACGCAGCAGCCGCCAGCGGCGGCUUUUUCCGGUUAAAUGCAAGGAAGGAUUCGUGGGGAAUCUGACACAGCAAGAGAAAGUCCCAAUUCAUGCGAUGGAAGAAGAAGGAGAUUAGCGAAGAAGAAGAAGAAGAAGAAGAGGAAGAGGCGAAUAAGGACGGAAUGGCGUCGACCGCUGCAAACGCCACCGCCGCUUCCAUAGAUUCCAUCACAGUAUCGACGACGACGACAACGACAGUUGCCGAAGACAUGACAGUGAAGGCCAUCCACAAGCGCUACGAGGGCCUGAUCACCGUCCGUACAAAGGCCAUCAAAGGCAAGGGCGCCUGGUACUGGGCCCACCUUGAGCCCAUGCUCGUCCACCACUCCGACACCGGCCUUCCAAAGGCAGUCAAGCUCCGAUGCACCCUCUGCGACGCCAUCUUCUCCGCAUCGAACCCUUCCCGCACCGCCUCUGAGCACCUCAAGCGCGGAACCUGCCCCAAUUUCGCUUCCACUCCCAAGCCCAUCUCUUCGAUCUCCCCUCCGCCGCCUGUCCAGUCUUCCCAGGCCCCUGUUUCCGUGGGUCCCACUGCUUCGUCACGGAAGCGAGCGUUGUCGGCAUCCUCUUCUUACCAAAUUCCCCCCCUGGCGGUCAUCGACCCGUCCCGCUUCUGCACCGACAUCGUCUAUUCAGCGACCGUAGCUGCGCCGGCCCCACCUCAGCAACAGCAUUUGGUGCUUUCUGGUGGGAAGGAGGAUCUUGGAGCUCUAGCUAUGCUUGAGGACAGUGUCAAGAAGCUGAAGAGCCCGAAAGCAUCACCGGGUCCUACCCUCAGCAAGGCUCAGAUAGACUCUGCAGUCAGCCUCCUCGCCGACUGGCUUUAUGAGUCGUGCGGUGCUGUCUCCUUCUCCUGCUUCAAGCAUCCUAAAUUCAAGGCCUUCCUUCAUCAAGUGGGCCUCCCUCCCAUUGCUCGCCGUGAGCUCGUUGGCCCCCGAUUGGACGCUCGCUAUGAGGAGGUGAGAGCAGAAUCGGAAGCUAAGAUCCACGAUGCCAUGUUCUUUCAGGUCGCUUCUGAUGGGUGGAAGCCCCGCAGCGGUGCCACUGCUGCUGAAGCUGAGAAUCUCGUUAGCCUGACCGUUAAUCUCCCUAAUGGCACCAGCGUGUUCCGGAAGGCGGUUUUCACGAAUGGGCGUGCCCCGUCCAAGUACGCUGAGGAGAUUCUGUGGGAGACGAUCACGGGCAUCUGCGGCAGCGCAGUCCACCGAUGCGUGGGGAUAGUUGCUGACAAGUUCAAGGCGAAGGCACUGCGGAAUUUGGAGGAUCAGAACCAUUGGAUGGUGAACCUCUCCUGCCAGCUCCAAGGCUUCAGCAGCCUGAUCAAAGAUUUUAGCAAGGAGCUCCCGCUCUUCCGGACUGUCGCCGAUAACUGCCUCAAGCUUGCCAACUUCUUCAACACCAAGUCACAGGUACGGAACAGCUUCCACAAAUACCAAUUACAAGAACUUGAGCAUGCUGGGCUGCUUAGAGUUCCGCCCAGCGUGAGCGGUGGUGGAAACAUAGACUUCGCAUUUGUUUACACAAUGUUGGAGGAUAUAAUGAGUUCUGCCCGCCCACUCCAGUUGGCGGUGCACGAUGAAUCAUAUAAGGCAGUCUGCGUUGAAGACCCAGUUGCUCGGGAGGUGGCAGAUAUGGUUCGGGAUGUGGGGUUUUGGAAUGAAUUGGAGGCUGUGCAUUCACUUGUCAAGCUGAUCAAAAUGAUGGCCCAGGAGAUGGAAAUGGAGAGGCCGUUGGUUGGGCAAUGCCUGCCGCUCUGGGACGAGCUGCGGGCCAAGGUGAAGGAUUGGUGCUCGAAAUACAAUGUUGCAGAAGGGGCAGUCCAGAAGGUGAUUGAGAGGCGGUUCAAGAAGAAUUACCAUCCAGCGUGGUCCGCUGCAUUCAUACUGGACCCGCUUUACUUGAUGCGCGACAACAGCGGGAAGUAUCUCCCACCAUUCAAGUGCCUGACGUCUGACCAAGAGAAAGACGUCGAUAGGCUGAUAACCCGGUUGGUGUCGAGGGAGGAGGCCCACAUUGCGUUGAUGGAGCUCAUGAAGUGGCGAUCAGAAGGGCUUGACCCACUCUAUGCACAGGCAGUCCAGGUGAAGCAGCGGGACCCCACAACGGGGAAGAUGAAGAUCGCAAACCCACAGAGCAGUCGCCUGGUUUGGGAGACGUGCUUGAGCGAGUUUAAGUCAUUGGGGAAGGUGGCAGUGAGGUUGAUCUUCCUUCACGCAACAUCGUGCAGUUUCAAGUGUAAUUGGUCGUUCUUGAGGUGGGUUUGCACCCAUGGGCACUCAAGGGUGGGAAUGGACCGGGCCCAGAAGAUGAUAUUCAUCGCGGCUCACUCCAAGCUCGAGAGACGAGACUUCUCCAAUGAGGAAGAGAAGGACGCAGAGCUAUUUGCAAAUGGUGAGGACGAUGUGCUCAAUGAGGUUUUCGUGGAUGCAUCCUCAGUGUAACAUUUUUACCUGUAGAAUUGAAUUGUAAGAUUAUUGAAUUCUUUCGACUCUCUGUGUCCUUGUUGUUCACAAUUCUUCUGAUGGAGAUUUUGGGGAGGCGAAGAAGAGGAGGGACGCAAGAGGGACAGGAUCAUCACUGAUCAUGAUUCAAAAGGAACUGGCAUCCCCGGCUCGGACAUGAUUUUGGGACUCUUGGGUUUGGUUGGCAUCCCCUGCCCAGACAUGAUUUUGGGAUUCUUGGGUUUGGUCGGCAUCCCCUGCCCAGACAUGAUUUUGUGGAUAUUGGGUUUGGCCGUCACCCCACCUCCGGAACAUGAUUUUGGGAAUUAUUGGAUUUGAAGAAAGAAUCUCUUCUUGUUUAUAAGAUAGAAUGCUGGAGGAGCAAAGCGGAAAGAAUGAUGUAGCAUUUUGGUUCCUAGAGUAAUUGGGAUAAAUAAUAUUUAUGAAGAGGAGGUUUUACUUGGUUUGAAGAUCGGAAACUGCAGUCAAGAUGGGCGUUUCUUUCUUUUUCUUUCUUGUUGGUUUGAAUCAUUUAGCCUUGACAAACCAACUAACCAUGAUUAUUCUGUACACUAAUUGGAUUUGUUUUCUUCAGUAUGUAUCUAUGAAUGUUUAUGCAGGACUGAUAAUUUGAAGGUAAAAUUUUCUCAGAA